UUCUUCUCAUCUCCAUAACAUACCCUUCCCCAACACGGGGACUGCCACAAUGGACCCCUCCUUCCCCUCCACCCUCGCCGACCUGCACUUCCCCUCCGCCGAACAGCAAUCCAUCAGCCAGACGCUGACCGCGCUGCGCCGCUCCGCCCUCACCGUGACCAACCGGCUGACCAGCAUCGCGACGGACGCGCAGUUCGUGGCCGAGGUGCGCGACCACUACUCCCUCCCACUCAUCGCCAACGAGCGGUGCGGCAGCUGGUACAUCGCGCCGCGCGACAAGACGGGCAGCGUGUACUUCAAGAGCACGGACGGGCACACCGGGGUGUGGGAUUUCAGCUCGCGUAGACUCAAUCUGCAGGUGUUGGGCGUGGCCGGGCAGCAUGGGGGAUGCAUAAUCGUAGAUUCGACUCGACGGGGUAAAUUAAUGCCCGACGCCCUCUCCAAAACGAUCCCCAUCUGGACGGCCGUGCUCAACCGCGCCCUCUUCCCCGAGGCCCAAGCCUACCACCCCGUGCAGUUCCCCCCGAAUUUCCUGCCCGCCUCGGAAGAAUCCCAGAUCGAGCGGCGGAUCGACGGGUUUGUCAAGGAUUUGACGGACCUGAACCUCGCCCUCCCCACCCUCCGCACCCAACUCGCCCGCCCCAUCCGCCUCGCCUGGGCCAACAGAGCGUACUUCCACCCGACCACGCUCACCACCUCCCCGGACGGGGAGUACAACCUCUUCGUGCUGUGCUCGGCCUCGAAGCGCGUGCACGGCGCCGAGGUGUCCGCGGGCGGAUACAUCCAGGGCGCCGGGGACGACAGCGAGAGCUGGGCGCUGGGGCUCACUGCCCCGUUGUUCUGGGCGCAUAAGGAGGAGCUCCUGCGGCGGAAUGAGGAGGAUAUCCCGGCGUUGAUUGCGGAGUUGCUCGCGCGGGAGAAGGAGGGGCAUCGGCAUGAGGGGGAUGGGCAGGGCGAAGGAAUGGAAGGGAAGGCGGUGCGGAUUGUUCCCUCCAGGAACUUGUAUCUUGGGCGAGCGGGGGAUUUUGCAAGCCCAGAAGCGGGGGCUGGGUUCGAUCUGGUGGUGGAUUGUAACGCCAAACCCGUCGAGUCUGACGCCCCAGCUGACGAGGAGACGAAAACCACGCAGGACAGGAGGCUGGACCUGGGCUGUGGCCCCGCGAAACUGGGCAGUCGGGAUCUGCGCAAGCACCUCGACCGCGUGCGGGAGUUUGUCAGGGAGAAUCUGUCUCGGAACCCCGAAGCCUCGGUGCUGGUGGUGUGUGAGUCCGGCCGGGAUCUGUCGGUUGGCGCGCUGUUGGCGAUUCUGUGUUUGUUUUAUGACGAGGAGGGGAACUUCACCCUCACCGAGAGGAAGAGUAUCGGGAAGCAGUUCAUUCGGCAGCGGUUGGCGUGGAUCACCCUGUGCAAGCCGGAUGCGAACCCUUCGCGCUCGACCUUGCAGUCGGUUAAUGCGUUCUUGAUGGAGAGGCCGGAUUAUUGAGGGGGUAGGAACGGGGAAGGCUGGAUGGAGUAUUUGC